GCCCAAUAAUACGCUAUACACGAAGCUGUAUAAAAGAGUGUCCUUACAGUGUUUUGGGCAAUCAUACGAGGAACCUUGAGCCGACAAAAUGAGAGGACAUCGCGCUACAGUACUGUUCUUACUUGCUACCGUGAUUAUAAACGGAAUCACAUCAACAAACGUGAAGGAAAAACUCCAUAACAUUCCCGAAAAGAUUAUCGGAGGGGUCAUUGACAUCGUACAGAACCAUAAGAACAAACCAACCACCCCCUCGCCAGUGUAUCAGAACCAACAGGGCUAUCAACAGCAAGGCUACUAUCAGGGGAACUACAAUAAUGGGUACCAACAGCAGUUUCAAAAUCAGGGACAAAACGCUAACUAUCCUCAAGGUGGAAACUAUCCUGUAAACAACCAAGUAUACCCCCCGCCAGCUCAGAACUUUGGUUCGCAAAGUCAAUCCCAAUCACAGUACCAAAACGGCUACAAUCAGGGACAGUAUCAAGCUCAAAAUCAACAAGGUCAAAAUCAAAACCAAUUCCAAUCUCAAAACCAACAAGGUCAAAAUCAGAACCAGUUCCAAUCUCAAAAUCAACAAGGUCAAAAUCAGAACCAGUUCCAAACUCAAGGACAAAAUGGCCAGUUUCCAAAUCAACCAGGAGGUUAUAUUCCUGUUCAAAAUCAAUUACCGAACCAACCUUCAGGACAGUAUGUAGGAAAUACCCAACAGGUAACCGGUCAGUACUCAGGGUCGAAUCAGCAAUCUACAGGGCAGUAUCAAGUAGCGAAUCAGCACACUACACCCCAGUACCAAGGCGCGGGUCAGUACCAAGGAGCAAGUCACCAAACUACACCACAAUACCAAGUCCCUAGCCAAGGCACGGGACAAUACAUUGGCACUAAUCAAUCAACAGGAAAUUAUCAAGUAGUAAAUCAACAGCAAAGUUCUCAGUUUCAAGGUCCCAACAAUCAAUUUCAAGUGGUAAGCCAAACAGGUCCCGGUGGUACACAAACUUCAGGCGCUAAAGGUCCAGGAACAAAUGGCCCUGGUCCCACUUGUAUAUGCCAGGCCUGGACUAAACCAGAAAAUGAUGAGCUUACCAAUGUCCCUGUAAAAUCUGAUAAGAAUGCGCUAAAGAAAUAUCAGCCGUAUAAAAGCCUGUAGAAAUUUUAGCAGCAAAUUUAUAUAUUCUGUCUAGAGUUUUCUUGCUCUAUAUUUAUUGUUAGGCGCUUAGUUUAAUUUUCAUGAUCUCUGAAUCAUUUUAUUUUGUAAUUCCACAGAAAUCUUACUAUAUCGUACCUAUUUAAGCUUAUUUAUUUGUAUUUUAUUCUGUAAUUAAUUAACAUUUCAAUGCUAAAUAGAAUUAAUUAUCUGCUAUUUAUUUUAUAAAGUAAGAAAGUUGGCUAUCAAUCAAACAAUGUUAGUAACUACCAUUACUAUCUCGUAAUUUACAUCGGUAAAUGGCUAUGACAUAAAAAGAACUGACGAAUAAGCAAACAUAAUGUA